AUGCUAAAAUAUUUUAACUUAUUUAACAAAAACAUAACAUCUGUGUAGCUGUUAAACUAAAAGUUUGCAUUCACUUUUUGUUCAACUCAACAACCUUAGUAAGAAGAAACUUAGAAUUAGUAAAAAUAAUAGCAAUAGUAAAGAAAAGGAUAAAAUAAAAACCAAGGUAAAUAGCAUGGUGGUUCACAAAAAAAUUCCAUUUAGCAAAAGGACCUCGAUUAGUUCUUAAAUACUUUAUUAUAAGAUGCUGAUGCCAGAAAAAUCUCAGCUAGCCGUUAUGAUAUUGACCUUUACCGCAGAGAAAGCAUAAAGAAUAGAUUCAACAUUAUGAGUUUUGCUCUUGCUAAAUGCUACAUUUAGCAUAUGAAAUUUUUCAACGAGUUUUUCUCCGAAAAAGAUUUCGAAAAUCUAAUUAUUAAAUAUGAAGUGAAAAAUUUAGACUAGUUUGUAUUUAACUUCUCAUUAGCUACUGCUCUUACAUUAAAUGUUAACAACAAGUAAAUUUAAAAGAAAUAUAAGUAUUUGUAUAGCUAAUACUUGAAGUUUUAUUAGAGCAUAGAUUAAAACGAAUCAACUAGUUCAUCUACUGCUAUACAAAAAUUAAUGUUUGUAUUGAAUAUUAUUAAUUUUGGCAAUAACUAGAAAUAAUAUUUGGACUAUGUUAAGGAAUUUAUUCCAACAUAUUUUUAAUAAGUGUUAGAAUCUGUUUAGUUCUACUCUAAAGAUUCUUAUGACAUAAAUGAUAUAUUGUUUGCUUCUAAAUAUUACAACUUUACAUAGACUUUCAAUAAGUAGGAUGCUUUUGAUAAAUAUUGUAAAGUUUUAUCCUAAGUUAAGUUAGACUAAAACUAAACUAUUUCAAAGUAUGAUGCUUUGAAUUUGAUAUAGGCAGCUUCACAUGCAACAUUUUAGCAAAAGAACUUUAUAAUUUAAAAUCAAUAAGUUUUAGAUGAAAUUGUAAAGAUGUGCUUAGAUGCUUUAGAAGGUGACCUUUAAAAAGAACUUAAUUUAGAAUUUGUAUACUUUUACAUAAUGAGCAGUGAAACUUUCAUCAAAAACAAAGAGGAAAAUAUGAAGUACUGCAAGCUUCUUGAAAAAAAUUUAGAACGUGAGCAUUCUAACUAAAUAAAAACAAACAUUUUAUACUCUCUUGGUAAGAGUUCGAUUGUAACCCCUAAGAUAAAAGAAUACAUUUAGUCUAGCAUCAAUAAUAUACAGACUGAAAAGAUUCAUUAAUUUGACAAGUAUGUUUCUUGCUUACUCUUAUGUGCUGCAAAUUUAGGCAUCAUUACUAAGGAUAACAUUAGCAAAUAUUUGAUAGAGAGUAUCUUCUCUAGUGACAUAAAAUUCCGUUAUAAGUAUAUUGAUUACCUAGCAAUUGUGUUUUAUAGAAUUUAGUACUUUGAAAAAGAUGUUUGGGAAUAAAUCUUUUAAAGAAUAGACCAUAAUUAAGAAUCCUUUUACUUAAAUCUAAUUAGAUGCUCUUAUAAGGCCUAUUAGAAUUUAAUGAGCUAAGAAACAUUAGCUCUCUUUGAACAAAACUUAGGAAAGCAAUCUAAAAGCUUUACAUUAAAAGAAAACCCCAUACAAAUUUAGGAAGAAAUUUAACUUAAGAAUUAUUUAGAGUAAAAAAAUAUCAGCCACAAAUAAUCUCAAUUCGUUGACGGAUUUUACACCAAUUUUAUACUCAAUGAGAAAGAUGUUGUUUUCAUCUUAAAAUACAAUAGCUAUUUAGUAGAAGAAAAUUCUACUGAAGUUAAAUUCAAUCUAAGUACCUAAUCUAAGAUUGAUUACUUCUAAAAGUUAGGAUACAAUCUAAUAAUUUUGAAUUCUUCUGAAGGUGAUGUUUGCCAGCUAUUUGAGCAAGCUUAUAAGCCAUCAAAUUGA